UGGCAGCCUUUGGACCGGGUGGCAACGUUCUGUGACGGUAACACAGUCUCCAAAGACAGAAAAGUGCACAACAAAAAUCAGAUUUUUUCCGAAGAAAAAAUUAAGACAGCAAUUUAAAUUAAAAUUCAACAAAUGGUAACAAGUUACACGGACUCUAAGAGAACGUGGGAUAUGUUAUCCAAGUACUUGUAAGCAUAUAUAUCAAUUUGAAGAAGAAAACUAAGCAAGAUGGACACCGCAUCGGACAACGACAGCGAUGAGGGCUCCAUUGGCGGCAAUGCGGCGAAUGACAUGGGCUUGGAUCUGACUGGAAUUCUAUUUGGCAACAUUGACUCGGAGGGCAAGCUCGUGGAUGACGAGGAUGAACAAGGACAUGCAUUUGAUGCGGAGUUGCGAGAAAAUCUUAGUUCAUUGUCAAAAAUGGGUCUCAACUCGCUCUUAAGCGAGGUAAUUGACCAGAAUGGUGGCACCAACUCGGACGAGGACACUGAGGACAAGCCUGUCUCUGACUCUGCUGAUAACUUAAGCGCAUUUGAUGCAUUGAAGGCUGGUGUCAACAGCGAGGCGACUGAAGAUGGUGCUAUCAAGGCACAAGACGAUGCUAUCGACUAUUCGGACAUUAAUGAACUAUCUGAGGAUUGUCCGCGCACCCCAUCGCCACCAGCAGCGACAGCGACAGAAGCAGCAGAAGAGGCAACCACAUCGGCGUCUACAUUCGAUGACUUGGAAGAUGCCAUACCAGCUUCCAAGGUAGAGGCCAAGUUGACCAAGGACGAUAAGGAACUUAUGCCGCCUCCAAGUGCACCAAUGAGAGGUGCAGGCACAACGUCCACUGGCAACGAUGAUGCAUCUACCAAGCCAGGCAGCACUGAUGCUUCUAGCUCCAGUGAUUCUAAAGCGAAUGAUGCUAAAGCUGAGGCCGAUCGCAGACUGGACACUCCUCUGGCAGACAUAUUACCCUCUAAAUACCAAAAUGUCGAUGUCUGUGAGCUUUUUCCCGACUUUCGUCCACAAAAGGUGCUACGCUUCUCCCGGCUAUUUGGUCCCGGCAAGCCGACUAGUCUGCCACAGAUCUGGCGACAUGUUCGCAAGCGACGCCGCAAGCGCAAUCAGUCGCGAGAUCAAAAAUUGACCAAUACUGGCGGAUCGGAUUCGCCGAGUGAUACCGAGGAGCCACGCAGACGUGGCUUUGGUAUUUAUUUUGGGCCAGAACCAAAGCCGGCGGAUUGCAUGUCCGACGAUGAGGAUAAGCUGCUCAGCGACUUGAACAGUGAGGAUGUGCGCCAGGAGGGUCCCGAAAAUGGCGAUCAUAAUGAUCAGAAGCCGAAAGUGGCCGACUGGCGAUAUGGACCAGCCCAAAUCUGGUACGAUAUGCUGGAAGUACCCGACUCGGGUGAGGGAUUCAACUAUGGCUUCAAGACCAAACCGGCACAAUCAUCCUCUUCAUUGGCCAAAUUCAACGGUGAACGCACAACAGCCAGUACUGAUAAUGAAAUCUCCCAGGAGCUCAGUAUUGCCGACGAUGCAUUUCUAAUGGUAUCUCAAUUACACUGGGAGGAUGAUGUUGUCUGGGAUGGCAACGAUAUCAAGGCCAAGGUGCUACAGAAACUAAACUCCAAGACAAAUGCCGCUGGCUGGCUGCCCUCGAGUGGAUCCCGCACAGCCGGCGCCUUCAGUCAGCCGGGCAAGUCGUCGCUGCCCGUUGGCAACAACAGUGGUGGCGGUGGUGGCAACAGCGGCAAACAGAACUCUGGCAGUAGUGCAACCAAAAAGGCACUUCAGAGUGCUGCGCAAAACAAACAGGUGGAGGCUCCAGAUGACACCUGGUACAGUCUGUUUCCCGUGGAGAAUGAGGAGCUCAUUUAUCACAAGUGGGAGGAUGAGGUAAUCUGGGAUGCUCAGCAGAUGAGCAAAGUGCCCAAACCCAAGGUGUUAACUCUGGAUCCCAAUGAUGAGAACAUUAUACUCGGCAUUCCCGACGACAUUGAUCCAUCUAAGAUCAAUAAGAACACUGGACCACCGCCUAAAAUAAAGAUACCACAUCCACACGUUAAGAAAUCAAAGAUUCUGCUGGGCAAGGCGGGUGUCAUUAAUGUGCUGGCUGAGGAUACGCCACCGCCGCCACCAAAAAGUCCAGAUCGUGAUCCCUUUAACAUAUCCAAUGACUCUUAUUACACACCCAAGACAGAGCCAACAUUGCGCCUCAAAGUGGGCGGGGGUAAUCUCAUUCAACACUCCACGCCUGUUGUGGAGCUACGUGCUCCAUUUGUACCCACACACAUGGGUCCAAUGAAGCUGCGCUCUUUCCAUCGUCCGCCGCUCAAGAAGUUUUCCCAUGGACCGCUGGCACAGACAAUGCCACAUGCAGUUCAUCCACUGCUCAAGCACAUUGUGAAGAAGGCGAAACAGCGCGAGGUGGAGCGUAUUGCGUCCGGUGGUGGCGACGUUUUCUUUAUGCGCAAUCCCGAGGAUCUAAGUGGCAAAGAUGGUGAAAUUGUGUUGGCCGAGUUCUGUGAGGAGCAUCCGCCUCUUAUGAACCAGGUGGGCAUGUGCUCCAAAAUCAAAAACUAUUACAAGCGCAAGGCCGAGAAGGACAGUGGACCACAGGACUAUGUGUAUGGCGAAGUAGCCUUUGCCCACACCAGUCCAUUUCUGGGCAUACUUCAUCCGGGUCAGUGCAUACAGGCGCUGGAGAACAACAUGUACCGUGCUCCCAUUUAUCCACACAAGAUGUCCCCAUAUGACUUCCUUAUAAUUCGCACACGCAACAGCUACUGGAUACGUGUGGUGAACGCGAUCUUCACUGUGGGCCAAGAGUGUCCACUCUACGAGGUGCCAGGACCCAAUUCCAAGCGAGCCAACAAUUUUACGCGUGACUUUCUGCAGGUCUUCAUCUAUCGCCUGUUUUGGAAAAGUCGCGACAAUCCUCGUCGCAUACGCAUGGAUGAUGUGAAACGUGCCUUUCCAGCUCAUUCGGAGAGCAGCAUUCGAAAGCGUUUAAAGCAAUGUGCGGAUUUUAAGCGUACAGGCAUGGACUCCAACUGGUGGGUCAUCAAGCCCGAGUUUCGACUGCCCUCCGAGGAGGAAAUUCGUGCCAUGGUAUCGCCGGAACAAUGCUGUGCCUACUUCAGCAUGAUAGCUGCCGAGCAGCGCCUUAAGGACGCUGGAUAUGGUGAGAAAUCGCUGUUUGCUCCGCAAGAAGAUGACGAUGAGGAGGCGCAACUGCUCGAUGAUGAGGUGAAAGUUGCCCCAUGGAACACAACGCGCGCCUACAUUCAAGCCAUGCGCGGCAAGUGCCUGCUGCAGUUGAGCGGCCCAGCGGAUCCCACAGGCUGCGGUGAAGGAUUCUCCUAUGUGCGCGUGCCCAACAAGCCAACGCAAAGCAAAGAGGAGCAGGAAUCACAGCCAAAGCGUUCGGUGACGGGCACGGAUGCCGAUCUGCGUCGUUUGCCACUGCAGCGGGCCAAGGAGCUGCUGCGUAAGUUUAAAGUGCCAGAGGAGGAAAUCAAGAAGCUAACACGCUGGGAGGUCAUCGAUGUGGUGCGCACACUAUCCACGGAGAAGGCCAAGGCUGGCGAGGAGGGCAUGGAUAAAUUCUCGCGUGGCAAUCGCUUUUCAAUUGCUGAGCAUCAAGAACGUUAUAAGGAGGAAUGUCAGCGCAUUUUUGAUCUACAGAAUCGUGUGCUUGCCAGCUCAGAGGUGCUGUCCACCGAUGAGGAUGAAUCCUCUGCCUCUGAGGAGUCGGACUUGGAGGAGCUGGGCAAGAAUCUGGAGAAUAUGCUGGCCAACAAGAAGACAUCCACUCAGCUAUCGCUGGAACGCGAAGAACAGGAGCGUCAGGAGCUGUUGCGUCAGCUGGAAGAAGAGCAGGGCGAUGGCGCUAGUAAAGCAGCCAAGGCCAAGGAGGAUGCAUCACAGCAGCCGAUGGCCAAUAGCAACCAUGGACGCAUUUUACGCAUUACGCGCACCUUCAAGGGAAACGAUGGCAAGGAGUAUACCCGCGUGGAGACGGUGCGUCGACAGGCGGUGAUUGAUGCGUACAUCAAGAUACGCACCACCAAGGAUGAGCAGUUUAUCAAACAGUUUGCGACGCUAGACGAGCAGCAAAAGGAGGAGAUGAAGCGGGAGAAGCGUCGCAUUCAGGAGCAACUGCGUCGCAUUAAACGCAACCAGGAACGCGAACGUCUGGCCCAAUUGGCCCAGAACCAGAAACUACAGCCAGGAGGUAUGCCAACGUCGCUGGGCGAUCCCAAGAGCUCGGGUGGUCAUGCUCAUAAGGAACGGGAUAACAGUCACAAGGAAGUCAGUCCAUCUCGCAAGAAGUUCAAGUUGAAGCCGGAUCUAAAGCUCAAGUGUGGUGCCUGCGGCCAAGUAGGACACAUGCGCACCAACAAGGCGUGUCCACUGUACACGGGCAUGCAGAGCAGUCUGUCGCAGUCGAAUCCCUCGCUGGCCGAUGAUCUGGACGAGCACAGCGAGAAGGAGAUGAACAUGGACGAUGACGAUCUGGUAAAUGUCGAUGGCACUAAGGUAACAUUAAGUAGCAAGGUACUCAAACGUCAUGGACAAGGAGAGGACGCUAAACGACGUGGCAAUCUUACGCUCAAAGUGGCCAGAGAUGCCAUGGGCAAGAAGAAACGCCGCAUGGCCAACGAUGUCCACUGUGACUACUUGCAGCGUCACAAUAAAACUGCCAAUCGACGACGCACCGAUCCCGUCGUCGUGCUCUCCUCCAUUCUGGAGCACAUCCUCAAUGAGCUACGCUCCAUGCCAGAUGUUUCGCCUUUUCUGUUCCCAGUGAAUGCUAAACGCGUGCCAGACUAUUAUCGUGUGGUCUCCAAGCCCAUGGAUUUGCAGACUAUGCGAGAAUACAUUAGACAACGGCGCUAUACCAGCCGCGAAGUCUUCUUGGAGGAUCUCAAGCAAAUUGUGGACAACUCGUUAAUAUACAAUGGUUCCCAGAGUGCCUAUACUGUUGCUGCCCAGCGCAUGUUCAACAGUUGCUUCGAGUUGCUGUCGGAACGAGAGGAUAAACUGAUGCGUUUGGAGAAGGCUAUCAAUCCUCUGCUGGAUGAUGAUGAUCAGGUCGCGCUGUCAUUCAUCUUUGAUAAGUUGCAUACACAAAUAAAAACCCAAACUGAGAGCUGGCCCUUCCACAAGCCCGUUAACAAGAAAGCAAUCAAGGAUUACUAUACGGUCAUCAAGAAGCCCAUGGAUUUGGAAACCAUUGGCAAGAAUAUUGAAAAUCACGUUUAUCAUAGUCGUGCCGAGUAUCUGGCUGACAUUGAGCUCAUUGCGGCCAAUUGCGAGCAGUACAAUGGAAGCGAAGCACAGUACACCAUGUAUGCCAAGAAGAUAUUGGAAUACGCACAGGCACAGCUGGAGGAGUUUGCCGAUCACUGUGGACAGCUGGAGGAGAAUAUACUGAAGACUCAGGAACGUGCUCGGGCUAAUGCUCCAGAAUUUGAAGAGGCUUGGGGUAAUGAUGAUUAUGAUUUAAGUCGUGGCAGUCGAGCCAGCUCUCCAGGCGAUGAUUACAUCGAUGUGGAGGGCCAUGGUGGACUUGGACUUGGACUAGUCACACCCAAUUCGAUACAUCGCACAAUGGGAGCGGAUUCCAAUCUGACACAUGCUUCGACGCCGGCUAGAAAACCAGCACCUUCAGCUGCCAGUGAAGUGAAACGCGGUCGCGGACGACCACGCAAACAACGUGAUCCUGUUGAAGAGGUCAAAAACUCGAGUCUGGUUAAGCGUGGUCGGGGCCGUCCCCGAAAGGACAGCCUUGGCUCUAACAUGAGUCAGACGCAAUCUUACUUUCUGGACGAAGAUCUUCAAUGCUCCACGGAUGAUGAUGAAGAUGAUGAGGAGGACUUUCAAGAGGUGUCUGAGGAUGAGAAUAAUGCUGCCAAUAUAUUGGAUCAAGGGGAGCGCCUUAAUGCGACUAGCGAUGGAAUGGAUUACAUAGAUCCAAAGAACAUCAAGACCGAGGUGGAUAUCGAAGCACAUCAGAUGGCAGAGGAACAAUGCGGCGAGGAUGACAGCCAGAAAGCAGCUGAAGCUAUGGUGCAGUUGAGUGGCGUUGGCUUUUAUGCUCAACACCAGCAAGAUGAGUCUAUGGAUGUUGACCCCAAUUAUGAUCCGUCGGACUUUCUGGCUAUGCAUAAGCCUCGGCAAAAUUAUGGUGAAUCGUAUAAUGCACAGAGCGCCUUUUCUGACUUUAUGCCACAGGCGCAGGACGAUAAUGGGCAAUACAAUCCGCCUGAGGCUAGCACCAGUGCAGCAGCUGCUGGUUUGCAGUCGCAGGAUGAUGAUUUGGCCACCACAAGCAAUGACAACGGCAUGGGCAUUGAUGAAGAUCUCGAUAUAUCCGAGAGUGAUGAAGACGAUGACGGCGGCGUGCGAAUUAAGAAAGAGGUCUUUGAUGAUAACGACUUGUCUGCCCAUCAGCAUAUGCAGCAGCAGGUGUCUCAACAGUCACAAAUAUAUUUGCUGGAUGCUUCCAAUGAGCCCGUCCAGGCCGUCGAUUAUCAGCCACAACCUUCCGACUUCCAAGCUGGUCAAGAUCUGGAACAACUUCAUGCUCAACCGCCGAUGAUGCAAUCUCAGCCCGAUCAGCAGCAGCAUCAGCCACAGGGUGAAAAUGAUUACGAUUGGCUGACAUUCUAGAUAUGCAAUGUUCAUAUUGAUUUUAUUUAAUCAUAAGUUGGAGAUAAUUAAAAUGUUCUAUGAAUAUUUGCAUCAUGAUUGUCCACGACCAUUAAGAUUUAUUUUUUUUGCUUUUCAUUUCUUGUCAAACAAUCUACUACAUAUUAAGUUGCUGUUACAUUUAUAUAAUAACUGUUGUAUGAGUAUAAUAGAAUUAGAAUUAAUCAAGUAACUAAAAUCACAAGUGAUUAGUUCAAUGGACUAUUUACUUAGAUAUGCUAAGCUAACUCUAGUUGGAGAAAUAUGCAAAUAUCAUUUGAUGAAAUUGAUAAGAGUUAAAUUUCAUUUUCUUAAAAUAAAUUUAUAAAUUGAUAA